GUACGGAAUAGCAACUUGUGCUCACUUUCAUGUCACCUGGCCAUCCCGAUCGACCAUCUAAAAAGAUUCGUAUUCAGAACAUCCAACUCAUCAUUCUAUAUUCGAUAUUCGAUCUUCUCGCGAAAUCUCCCUCUCCCUGGCCUUGCGUUUUACAUUCUCUUCAUAUCCUGGUCUACGAGGAGACUUGGUCGCACCUGCCACACCUACCUUAGAUGGGAAUCCAAGAGUGGUAUAAGUAUAAGCGUUUCUGUAGCUAACGAGCUGCUACCUCGGAAUCAGACACGUCACAAAUCCAGCAGCUACUUCCUACCUUACCUUACCUUACAGAGAGUACCUUUCGGAUAUUCGCAACUUCUAGGUUGUACGUACCUACGCUGGGCCUCCAUCUCGCCCCUUGCAAGUCUCAUCCUUGCAGUUCCAACCUUCUUCUCCCUCGCAGUGCCAUUUUCGACCCAAGAAAUGCCGGCCUCCAGAGCAUCGGCCUUUCUCGAGCGAUUAAUUCCUCAAGAUAGCGCAUCGUUACUUCCACUCCAUCACAAGAGGAGAACAUCCGACGAUUACAAUCUCCAAGAGCUUUCCCCAACCACCGAGGAGACACUGCUAUCGAAGAACCCCAUCAUGCGCUGGGGGCGAGAGUCCCGACGUUCUCUAUCCCCCAAAGAUCCCUGGUCAGAAAAUGCGAGCUCCGUCGGCUCAGAUUCCAAGCGAAAACCCCGUCCCGUGUUCGACGGACCCCCGCCUCCAGUCGCUGCUUCAGUCAUGAUGUCCCGCAAUUCUAGUCCGUCGUCCCACACAGCCUUCAAGGACCGGAGGGCUAGCAAGGGGGCCAGCGUCAAGCUGAGCCAAGCGGGCUCACGGAGUGUCCGCUUCCAAAGCACACCGCCCUUGCAAAGCGUCGCAUCGUCGGAUUCUGUUUGGGGGUUGUUGCAGCGGCGGGAGAAGGCCAUCGGGAAGGAGCUACAGACUCUGCUCGACAUGCAAGCCUCAGGACUGGUGGCCGGAAGUUCCGUGACUCCUUUUCCGUCUUCUGCUACGAGCGAACGCGAACAUUUCAGCGACGAUGACGGAAGCAGCACGCCCACUGCCACCUUCUACUCUACGGUGACGUCCAAAUCGCGCAUGAUGGCCUCUCUGGACCUCCCCGACCGUGCCACGCCUCGUGGAGACAUUAUCCCCGUCCGACAGCCCAAACCAUCCAAGUCGACCGGACUCCGAGAGGCACGCGCCGGUCUCCGCAAGUCCAUGAUGGCGCUGGAAAACCUCAAAGCGGAAGAAGACGCCUGCGUUGACGCAGCUUUGUCGGAACGCAAAGAGGCCCUUGGCCGCCUGCAGGAUUUGGCCACGCGGCGGGAAGCCCUGUCAGAUGAGCUGCGCCUGCUGGCCGAGGACGGGGAGGAGCUUCUUGCGACGGAACUCAGAGAGCUCAAGUCCCAACACACUUCACUCGACAGCGAAAUCCGUGAGCUCGAGGAAAGGCUCGUCGGGAUGCGGAAUCGCCGGAGAUGGUUGCAGCGCAGGAUGGACGAUGUGAGAAACCGCCGCGAGGCCGGGCUCAGCGGUUAUCGCGGCGCGCUCAAGGAGGUGGAGGGCGAAGUGGCGUCCUUGAUGCGCCGGCCGCCCGUUGAACCUCUCGAUGUUGAUAUUCUCGUCAACGGAUUGGCGGGUGACCCCGACGGCCACUUUGAUCCGGACAACCUUCCCAACGGGGCCGAGUUCCUUCAGCUCAUACCGGAACGGAGAACCGUGGAGAUGGCGGCGGAGUGGUGGCAGGGCGAAGUGGGACUGCUCGAGGCCCGCAAGAAGCAAGUCGAAAAGGAACGGGAAGCGUUAGCAGACGGGCUCAAGCUCUGGCGGGACUGCACGACUCUUGUCACCACUUUCGAAUCCGAGCUGCGCAAACUUAUGAAAGGCGAAGUUUCCGGCAAGGGUAAAGGAAAGGCGCCGUCACUCGAAGAGGCGAUGCGCUCCCAGCUGUCAAGCAUGGGGGAGGCGAUAGCCAAACUUGAAAGUUAUACGGAGAAAGCUGAGGCGAACAAUUGGAAUCUUCUCAUAUGCGCCAUCGGGGCCGAAUUGGAGGCCUUCCAAGAGGCGGAAAGGAUGCUCCGCCAGGCGGUCGAGAGUGUAACGGAAGCGAACACGACAUUGCGAGAGCCAUUGAUUGCGCAUGCGGACGAAGACGUGUUUUCUGCUGACCCGAAUGCACGCCUACAGAAGACCGAGGAACCGACGGAAGAAAGCGACAACGAGGUUCCUCCGGGUCUGCUAGUGGCUCAAGGGGAUGAGGAUCUCAACGGUAGCAGGGGCCGCUCUCUCUAUGAAGAAAAAAAAGUCAUUCGGCAUCCGCCUUUUAACAGGGAAGAGAGCGAUAGCGAUAUGCCACCACCGGAGUUCUUGGCAGAGCACGAUCCGGAAGAAGAUGAAGGACGUUGAUGCGGGCUAAAUCAGGAUGUCUGGGGUGGACCUUGUUUUUCGUAAACUUCCAAUGGUGUAUAUUAUGUCGAUACCAUUCUUUUUCCUUUUUCUUCUUCUUUCUUUUGAAUGUCCUUUUUCCAACCGGGGCUCGCAGAGCAGGCAUAGCAGUUCAUUAUUGCUCUAUUUCGAAAAUACCUAAUGCAGAGUAGUAUUUACUC